AUGCCGGAGCCCCCGGUGCCCCCGGUGCCCUGCCCGGCAGCGGCGGGGUUUCGGCAGGGGUGUUCGGCAAAGGCGCGGCAUGGCACGCUGAGCCGGGCGUGCUUCCGGCUGCAGAUGUCGGUGACGUUCGAGGACGUGGCCGUCUACUUCUCCCCCGAGGAGUGGGCAGAGCUGGCGGCGUGGCAGCGGCGGCUCUACCGGGAGGUGAUGCUGGAGAACUACCAGGCGGUCGCCUCGCUGGGCUGGCCCGCCGUCAAGCCGGAGAUCAUCGGCAAGAUGGAGCGAGAAGAGCCGCCGUGUGUGCCGGACCCCCCCGGGGCGCGGCGGAGGCGCCGGACCCCUGUGCCAGGCAGGAGCCAGACGGCACUGGCCAUCCACCAGCGGAGCCACACGGGCGAGCGGCCCUUCGGCUGCGCCCGCUGCGGCAAGGCCUUCCCCUCCAAGGGGGACCUCAAGCGCCACCAGAAGACCCACGCGGAGAAGCCGGACCCCCCCCGUCCCGCCGCCGGCCCCGGCCUCCCGGCCAAGCCGCUGCCGGCGCGGCUCCCCCGCGGCCCCCCGGCCCCCAGGAGACCCCACGCCUGUGCCGAGUGCGGGAAGAGCUUCGGCAAGAGCCGGGACCUGAAGAAGCACCAGCAGACGCACACGGCGGCGCGGCCCUUCUCCUGCCCGCAGUGCGGCCGUCGCUUUCGGCUGAGGCAGAUCCUGGCGUCGCACCAGAAGAAGCAUCACCUGCUGAGCCACCGGCGCGUGCACACCGGCGAGAAGCCCUUCGCCUGCGGUCACUGCGGCCACCGCUUCAGCCAGAAGCACCACCUGGUCAGCCACCAGCGCAUCCACACCGGCGAGCGGCCCUUCGCCUGCGCCCGCUGCCCCAAAGCCUUCAGGGACAAGAAGACCCUCACCGUGCACCAGCGGGUCCACACCGGCGAGAAGCCCUACAAGUGCGGCCGCUGCGGCAAGACCUGCAGCCAGAAGCAGCACCUGAAGAGCCACCAGCGGGUGCACCGGGACCCGCCGGCGGUGCCGGAGGGCGGCCAGCGGGACUGGGGGGGUCCGUCCCCGGCGGAGGCGCGGGCGGAGGCCAAACCUUUCCAGUGCGGCGGCUGCGAGAAGCGGUUUCGGGACGAGGGGAUCAUGCUGGCUCACCAGCGCACCCACGGCACCCCCAGCCUGCGGCCGCCUCCGCAGCCCGGCGCCCCCCGAAACUGCCGCUGA